AGCGGUGAGCAUGGUGGCAGCGACGACGAGCUAGACGUGGCGAGGCGCUGGUUGGCAAGUUUCGAUGCCGAGACCAUACCGCGAAACAUUUGCGACGUCUCGUUCAGUAGAUCCUCUGGGCCUGGCGGUCAGAAUGUGAACAAAGUAAAUUCAAAGGCUACUUUGCGACUGCCGCUAUCGGCGCUGCUGCCCAUGCUACCUGCUGUUCUUCGACCUGCGGUAGCCAAGUCUCGGUAUAGCGCCAAAGAUGACUUGGUGAUACAGGCCGAUGACAGCAGGAAACAGAACGAGAAUGUGCAUCGCUGCUUCGUCAAGCUGAACGAGAUGAUUGUACAGGCUGGACGUGAGGUGGUGCCUGGCGAGACUAGUGCUGAGCAGAUGGAGCGCGUGAAGAAAUUACAAAAAGCAGAAAAUGAGGGCAGGCUCAAGAUGAAGAAGAAGCACAGCGAUAAGAAGAGUUCAAGAAGAGGCGGUGGA